AUGGUUUCCCUCUCUGAUGUCCACCAAACCAACGCCUCAGCCGCAUCAAAGCUACCAGCAGGCCUCGUCGCCGUCUUUGCCGGCGCAACAGCCGGUAUUGGUGAAACAGCCCUCAAAGCAUUCGCCAAACACGCCCCUCAGCCCAAGAUUUACUUUAUCGGUAGAUCUAAGGAAGCAGGUGAUCGACUACAAACUGAAUUGAAGGAGCUUAAUCCUGAGGGCAGUUAUGUCUUUAUAGAAAAGGACAUGAGCUUGUUGAAUAAUGUGGAUGAGGUGUGUCGAGAGAUCAAGAGUAAGGAGACGGCGUUGAAUGUGCUGUUUUUGAGUCAGGGAACGCUUAGGAUUGGUGUUGGACUUCCCAUGGUCAUGGCACUUACACACUAUUCCCGGGCUCGCUUAACAGUCAAUCUCCUGCCUCUUCUCCAAAAGGGUUCGUCUCUGAGAAGAGUAGUGACAGUCAUGGCUGGUACAAAAGAAGGCCAGAUCUUUUCAGAUGACAUUGCAUGCCGCAACGUUCCCUUCACAAGCAUCCACCGCUCCCGAGGCCACAUGUGCUCGACCCUCACUCUCUCCCUCGAAGCGCUGGCUCGUCAAGCCCCAGAGGUAUCAUUCAUCCACAACUUCCCCGGCUCCGUGGACACGGAUCUCAUCCGCAGCGGCGACGGGGUCAUGAUGCAGGUUAUGAAGUACUGGUUCAAGCUCAGCAUGGGUAUCAAGAGACAGUGGCUUCCGAAGGAGGAGUGUGGGGAGAGACAUGCGUGGUUAUGCUGGAGUGGGAUGUUUCCUGAUAAGUUGGGCAAGGAUGGGAAUGGCGUUGAGAGUGCUGGGGUUGUUGCGGUUGGUGUUGAUGGGAGCAGGGGUGGUGGUGUGUAUAGUCUUGAUUGGGAUGGGGAGAGUGCUGGGGAUGAGGUUGUUAGGCUGUUGGGUGAGUAUCGACAAGAGGGUAUGGUUGAUAAGGUCUGGAAAGAUUUGGAGACGGAGUUUGUUAGAAUCACAGGCAAGACUUGUAUCUAG